GUCGUGACUCUUGAGUUGCACUUAAGCUAGGCUAUCUGCCAUCUUCUUUCGAUCUGCCGUCCUUCAUCAUCUUCGUUUAUGAGUUGCAGGGCUAAUCGCGAACUGCAGGGCUGAAUCCCGAAAAUUUAAUUACGAAGAAACCCAGCCGCAGGGUGAACACCCCCUUCCUUAAACUCGGCCGUACCGUGUAUUUUACCAUACAAAGGUCCUCUAAACUCACGAUUUGUGUCCACUGACCCCCCUUCCUUUACGACCUUCAUCGUCUGCACUCUUUCUCUCUGAGUUGAUCAUCAAAUCAUCAAUGGCGGAAGCGAAAUUCGUCCUUGCCCUUUUAGUAUUUUUGUGUUCAAUAUUUUCCCUGAGCCUAGCCGACUCUAAUGAUUUUCAGUACUGCAGCAAGAAGAACUAUGAUGUUAAGGUCAGCGGAGUUGAUAUAUCACCUAGUCCUGUGCAAAGAGGCAUAAACACCACUUUUAGUAUAUCAGCUUAUUCAGAUAAAGACAUUUCUGGGGGGAAGAUGCAGAUUGAUGUCAAAUACUGGAUAUUUAAUGUCUACAGCGAGACACAUGACCUCUGUGAAGAGACACCUUGCCCUAUUUCUGCCGGUGAUUUUGUCAUAGCACACACCCAAGCGUUGCCUGGGAUAACCCCUCCUGGUUCCUACACGCUGACAAUGAAGAUGAUGGAUGGGAAGAAGCAUGAGUUGGCAUGUAUCAGCUUCGACUUCAGCAUCGGCUUUUUUGCAGCAGCAGAACCCAAGGUGGCAGUUGCUGAUAGCUAAGUGCCAUAGUCUGUCCACGAUUUAUUCGGAGCGUCUUCUAUGUAAAAUAUAUGUUGAUGUAGCGUGAUGAUACUUGGCUUCGUACAAUUUUAAUGAACAAGACUAUAACUUCGUACUUAGUUACUCUUUCUUUUUCAAGUUCGUGGUCCAGCACCCUUGUGAAUGAUUUUGUUAAUUUGUUAUCAAUGAUGUGUUACCAUUCAUGCUAGUUCUCUAAGCUAGUGAUGAAAAGCUAGCCAUUUGGUCAUACGG